ACCGCACGAAAGGCAAGGAAAAUGGUCGGGAAACGGAAGAGAGACGCGUCCGUCGUGUCCCGGGCUACAGCAUCCGAGGACGAAGGCAUCCCGCAGCAGCCACCAGUCGAUGCGUCCUAUCAGGAUGUUUUUCGCAAAUUCUUCGAGGCUCAGUUUCAACCCUUGGAGGAGGGGACCGGAGGCCAGGUUGCUGGCGGUGACGAAUCUGAAGAGGAGAGCGAGGAUGAAGGCCCCGAACAGUCUGGAUCCGAGCCCGAAUGGGGUGGUGUUUCCGACGAAGACGACGAGGUAAACGAAGUCGAGGUCGUUGAACACCGGGACGCCGAGACCCAGGCCCUGAUGGAUAAGCAAGCCCGGAAAGCGUUCAUGACCUCGAAACCGCCAUCCUCUGUAGAACAGACGACCGUCAAACGCCUCAAGAAGGACAAAGAUGCCGAGGGCGAGGACAAUGCCACCGAUGCUGACAACCUCAAGAACGAUCUCGCCCUGCAACGACUUCUCAAGGAAUCCCAUCUUCUGGACUCGGCAUCCGAACUUGCGCCAACCGGCAAAAACCGCAUCAAGGCCCUUGACCUGCGGAUGCAAGAACUGGGGGCCAAGGCGUCCCUGUAUAAGCAGAACAUGCCUUCUUCGCACCGGAGAGGCAUCAAGGCCAAGGCGGGCAUGAAGGAGGACAAGCGACGACGGGAAGCCAGGGAGAACGGCAUCAUUCUUGAGAAACCGGCGCCGAAGUCCUCGAGCACAAGCACCAAACGCAGGGAACGCGGUGUUGGAGGUCCCUCCAUUGGAAAGUUCGCAGGUGGCGCUCUCAACCUUAGCAAACGAGAUGUGGCCGCCAUCCAAGGGCCACGCCGGUCGACAGGUGGCAGAGGCAGAGGAGGACGGGGACGCGGACGGGGGGGACGCGGACGUGGAAGUCGCUAGAUGGAAGUCGAUAGCCAUGCCUGACACCACAUCUCGUCAGAUCCUUCCACGUUCCGUGCUCAAAUUCGACCUAUCGAGAGCACUGAGCAUAUUCUAGCCCCAGUAAUGACGAUAACCC